AUGUCACAAUUCACGUCACGUUACUCUUCAGCAGCUGGUCAAGCAGCGCAAAUCGCCAGCUCAGGCUUUGCGCCACUUCCGCAUCGUCGCCUAAUCUCCCUCUCCGGCGCUGAUACCGCAAAGUUCCUGCAGGGCCUGAUCACAAAUAAUGUUGAUCCGGACCGUCAUUCAUCUUUCUACUCUGCCUUUCUGGAUGCGCGCGGAAGAGUGCUGUGGGAUGUAUUUGUGUGGGUAUGGCCAGAGCUCGUUGCAGAAAAAGGCCAUUGGGCGUGCUACAUUGAGGUUGAUGGGGGCGAGAUGGAGGCUUUGAAAAAGCAUCUGAAGCGCCACAAAUUGAGGAGCAAGAUACAAAUCGAGGACGUGAGAGAAGACGAGGUGCGCGUGUGGGCGGCCUGGGGAUCUGCAGCUGGACAAGCCAAUACCGGCGAUUUGAUUGCUGCUAUGAAAGAUCCACGCGCACCAGACAUGCACCGCUGCCUCUCAAGCGCAAAUGCGCGGACGAUAGUAGAAGGCGCCGAGCCACUGGACGUUCAGGAGUACCACAUCCAGCGCUAUCGAAAUGGCAUACCCGAAGGACAGGCCGAGAUUCCACGGGAGAGCGCCCUGCCAAUGGAAUGCAACGUCGACCUCUCGCAAGGCAUAGACUUCAAAAAAGGCUGCUAUGUCGGUCAAGAGCUCACCAUCCGCACAAAACACACGGGAAUCGUACGCAAGCGCAUCUUACCGGUCGAACUCUACACCGCCGGUACCCUAUCCGCUCUUCCUGAACACGGCACCGACAUCAAGCAACUCGACGAAAGCGGCAGCAUCAAGAAAGGCCGUGCAGCAGGCAAGUUCGUGGCGGGCAUUGGGAAUGUCGGCCUUGCCAUGUGCCGAUUGGAGAACAUGACGCAUAUGAAGGUCAGUGCUGAGGGCGGCACAUGGAAGCCUGGCAUGGAGUUUGGUUGCGAGACGCAAGACGGAGUCGUCAAGGUCAAACCGCUGCUGUAUGACUGGUUUGUGUUGAGAGAACGGGAGUUGUGGGACAAGAACCGGCUGAGGCUGUAG